AUGGCCUAUAUAAGCAACAAGAAGUUGAAACACAAAAGACGUUACUCCUACAAAAUAGUUCGCAAGAACACUAACAUUCCUGUGGAUCGACUAUGUAAACUACGCUCGAAGAAGUUGGCCCCAGGUAAUUCUGGUGAAGAUCCCUACUUGGUUGCCACAAUCGUGUCGCUAGCCCAGAGUCGGGUGUAUGCUGAAAACUUGUCGUCAAAUGUUUUCACACCUCGCGACGUGGUUGUUCAAUUGAUAACCUUCGCGGUAAACAGAAGAGCGUUCGUCGUAUAUAGAGCUACGGUAACAUCAGCUUUUCUGAAGAUGUUUGAUCAACCACACGAAGCGCCUAUGUCCCGCCCAGAGCUCACAAUCGAAUAUAGAUUCAUCCCAGUAUGGCCAGUGCUUCGGCUGCAAGAUAGGUUCAAGGAAGUACUCGGAGACAUGGGAAUUGGU